AUGUCUUCUCGUUUUCUGUGGUCGGGUGGAACUCAAGCACGAUAUUUGGCAAGGAAAACAGUUUGUUUACCGAAGCAGGAGGGAGCGAGAUUCUUGGAACUGGAAAUCACUUCCCAAGCUGCGGCAUUUAGCAGAGAAAUUCAAUUCAUCAGUUGCUCAGUGGGAAAUGGCCACUCUGCUAAGUUUUGGUUCGAUUCAUGGACGCCAUUUGGUGAGCAAGGUUGGAAACUGGCGGCACCUAGAUCAGGGGAAGCGCUGGCUUUACAUGUCCAUCUAACAACGGUCCAACUUCCUGGCACUUCAAAGCGAGAAGACUCUUACACUUGGGUUGCUGAUGGAUCAGAUUACAAAGAAUUCUCUCAUCUAAAGUAUAACGUGCAAGGAGAUCAGACCAAAGGAAAGCUUAAAAGAGUGGCAUAG